UAAAUUCAUUAAAUAAUUGUAGUGUUGAAAUCAUCAUUUUAAAACCAAUUCAUAUACAUAUUUAUAACAAAACAAAUUGAGUAAAUUUAAUUAAAUUCAAGUGUUAAUGUUAAACAAUUGUAAUUGAAUGCAACAUUUUCAACAAGUCUUAAGGAUUUUAUGAAACCAGUAAAUUAUUUAAUUAGGAUUGCUGUUAAUUAACACUGAAAACUGAGAAUCACUGAUACUGUCAGUUGCAUAUUAUAACUUUGGAUUACAUUACAUACUGCUGUCAACUGCAUAGAUUAUUAUUGGUGGUUUCUUUUGCUAUGUAACGCGACUGAAUUGUCAAUCCCGUGAAAUAGUAUCAUCAUUGUGAUAUAUGGAAAAUACAUCAAGUUCUCUUGAAUUCCCAACAAAAUGACGUAAUACUCCGAAAAACUACCAGAAAAAGCGAACAAGUUUCCGCUCCAGAAACAAUUGAGAUAAAAAAUAAACAAAUUUCAACUGAAAUUUCUACAAAAAAAAACUGUGAUAAAUUUAUAUAGACAAAAAAAACGAACAAAAUGCAGCCACAAAAUUUAAACAAAUUAGCAAUAAUUGCCAGCAUUAUUUCAAUGUUUGUGCUAAAUCUAUUGCUUAAGACAGCAGCUGCCAAAGAAAAUAUACCCACGUAUGUUAACGAUGAAGCAGAACUACAAGGGAGAGAGAAAAGAGAUAGUUAUAGACCUAUAGAACAACAGCCCCAUUACAAUCAACACAGAACGCAACACCAUAAUCAACAACAUCAUCAGGCACAACAUUCUCAAAGUGGCAACAGCCAUAAUCAUCACAGACAGCAGAGACAACGUAAUGCUGGUGGUUCCAGUACAUCUCAAUCGUACAAGAGAUAUUCAAGAGAUUCUAAGGAUUCAAAUGCAAACAAUUUUAGCAGUCGUAAACCUAAUAUUAUUCUCAUACUGACCGAUGAUCAAGAUGUCGAAUUGGGCUCUUUGAAUUUUAUGCCCCGCACCUUGCGUAUUUUAAGGGAUGGUGGAGCCGAAUUCAAACAUGCCUACACCACAACACCCAUGUGUUGUCCAGCACGUUCUUCCAUAUUGACCGGCAUGUAUGUGCACAAUCACAUGGUAUUUACCAAUAAUGAUAACUGUUCGAGUCCUCAGUGGCAGGCCACACAUGAGACCCGAUCCUUUGCUACGUAUCUGUCGAAUGCCGGCUAUAGAACUGGUUAUUUUGGCAAAUAUUUGAAUAAGUAUAAUGGUUCCUAUAUACCACCGGGUUGGCGGGAAUGGGGAGGUCUGAUCAUGAAUUCCAAAUACUAUAAUUAUAGCGUGAAUAUGAAUGGACAAAAGAUCAAACAUGGAUUUGAUUAUGCCAAGGAUUAUUAUCCUGAUUUAAUAGCCAAUGAUUCGAUAGCAUUUUUAAGAUCAUCAAAACAACAAAACCAAAGAAAACCUGUGAUGUUAACAAUGAGCUUUCCGGCACCACAUGGACCCGAAGAUUCAGCACCCCAAUAUAGUCAUCUAUUUUUUAAUGUAACAACGCACCAUACUCCAUCAUAUGAUCUGGCUCCAAAUCCCGAUAAACAGUGGAUUCUACGUGUUACACAACCCAUGGAACCGGUACACAAACGUUUUACCAACAUUUUAAUGACCAAACGUUUACAGACAUUACAAUCUGUGGACACGGCUGUGGAAAGAGUUUAUAAUGAACUGAAAACUUUAGGGGAAUUAGACAAUACCUAUAUAAUAUACACCUCCGAUCAUGGAUAUCAUUUGGGACAAUUUGGUUUGAUAAAGGGUAAAAGUUUUCCAUUUGAAUUUGAUGUAAGAGUGCCGUUCUUGGUAAGGGGUCCCGGCAUACAGCCCUCAAAAGUGGUGGACGAAAUCGUUUUAAAUGUGGACCUGGCUCCCACAUUCCUAGAUAUGGGUGGUGUACCCACACCUGCACACAUGGAUGGUCGUAGUAUUUUACCUUUGCUGCUAAAUAAGCCCAGAAGUGUAAAGGAACAAUGGCCAGAUACAUUUUUGAUAGAAAGUUCAGGCCGCCGAGAAACACCGGAACAGAUAGCGGAAGCUCGAGCACGUUUGCAAAUCGAAAGAUCGAACAUGAAAUUGGCCAAUAGCACCUUAAUAGAAGAUCUUAUGGGUAAUAUUUCCAGCACUCCCAAUACUCACAUUGAUGUCAUCGAUUUGGAAUCGAGGGAAGAGGAACAAUUUGCAGAGAAUGACAGAGACGUUGACACCGAUACUGAUGAUGACUUUGAUUUCGAUAAUGAUGACGAUGUAGAUACCUCCAAUGGCAAUCUGGAAGAUGAUGAGGAUGAAGAUCUAGAUGAUGAACUUGAACAACAAGAUCAAUUUGAUAAUAAUCUACCAUUGGCUCCCUACAUAACAAAAAUGAUGCGUUUAAAUUCGGAAUGUUCAGAUCCCAAGCUAUUGGAAAACUGUAGACCGGGCCAAAAAUGGAAAUGUAUAAAUGAAAAUGGCAGAUGGCGCAAACACAAAUGUAAAUUCCAUUUACAAUUACAGCAUCAUUUAGCGGAGAUAUCAAAAUAUCCUAAGAACCCAAAUAAACGUAAGUGUGCCUGUUUUACACCAGAUGGCGUGGUCUACACUAAAAUUAAGCCCGAAAACUAUUAUGGAGAACAGAGAAGAGUACGGAAACGCACCCAAAGUUUUGGCAAAUCUACUCGCAGACAUAAACGUGAUACGGAAAAUUUUGAUAUUGAAGAAUUAUAUCACACCGAGUUGCCCUAUGAAAUGGAAGAACUCUUAGAUUUACAUGGUAAUUUAAAUGAUGUAGAAAAACAUUUAUUAGCCCAACAUGAAGCAAAAGCCGAACAUUUACGCCUUAAACGGGAAUUAACUGCUAAUUUGUUUGAAAAUCCUGAUUCUAUUAACGAUAGCGAUGAAAGUAAAAAGAAUUCCACCUCCAAUGAUGCCAUCUCCAAGGUUAUACAAGAAAUCCAAGAUACUUUAGAGACAUUAGAGUUAAAGUUUGUAGAACACGAUUGGUCGGCCAACACUACCGCCAAAACAUCUACCAAACUUACCUCGGCUGGCUUUGUUAGAGGUAGUAAAUUCCCCAAAGUAGGUGGUCGUGUGGGUACACGCUGUUAUAUUGAAUCAGAAACUGGCAAAGUCAACUGUUCGGAUGUUAUUUAUGAUGAUGAGAAAACAUGGCGUAAAUCAAGAUCUCAAAUUGAUAUGCUAAUUAAGGUCUUAAAGGAUAAGAUAACCCAUUUAAAGGAUAUUAAAAAACAAUUAAGAGAAAGUAAGCAACAACAACAGGGCAGAUAUUGGAAUAAUGAGUUUAUAACUCAAGCUCGUGAUGAUAAUACGAAUAGCGAUUUAUCGGUAAUGUCAACCGAAUAUCAUGGUCCCAAGGGUACUAGACGUCGUAGACCUUACAAUAACCAUCAUAAUCAACAUCAUGGCAGACAUCAUGCUUAUGGUGGAGCAAUUAAUGGUGGAGGUGGUAACAGAAGAAGAAUAUCUGAUAAUACAGAAUAUGAUAAAUAUCCUCAUGUUUCGAAGAAUAUAAAUAUACAAGAUUUAAUAGGUACACAGCCUAGAGGAAAACCACGACAUAAUGUGCCAAAUAUAUCUAUGAGUACAAUAACCAGUACUACAACUACUCCUCAAUUUUUAGAGGAAAGUUCGACUAAUAAUAAUUUUGAAAAGGGAAAUUUUAAUAGAGUGAGUACCUCUACUUAUAGUGUGGACUAUGAAGCUGGAAAUAAAGAUUCUAUAUACAGCACCGAAAGAAAUCGUUACUCAAAUCCUACAACAGAUUUUAAAAGCACAACAGAAACUGCCAACAGACAUACUAUAUACAAUACUAAAGGUCAAAAGGAGAUGGUCAAGGAAACCUAUCACAAUCAAAGACAACCCAUUAAUGAUCCCUACCAAAACAAUAACAACAACAAUAAUAAUCAAUACUCAGGACCAGCCGAAUGUUAUUGUGAACCAGAAGAUGACAUAUAUCCUGAUUCUAAAGAGAUUGCCCGCGAAGCCAGACGUAAACUCAAAGAGGAACGCCAACGCAAAAAGGAACGCAAACGCAUAAAGAAGGCACGUUUGGAAAAGGAAUGUUUGUCGGAAAAAAUGAAUUGUUUUUCGCACGACAAUAGCCAUUGGCGCACAGCACCCUUGUGGAAUGAUAGUCCUUUCUGUUUUUGUAUGAAUGCCAACAAUAAUACAUAUUCAUGUCUGAGAACCAUUAAUGCCACACAUGAUUAUUUAUACUGUGAAUUUACCACGGGUUUAAUAACAUUUUAUAAUCUUAAAAUAGAUCCCUUUGAAACAUUGAAUCGCGCUUCAUCUUUAACAGUCGGCGAAAAGUCCUAUAUGCAUGAUGCUCUGGCAAAACUUAAGAGUUGUAAGGGCCGAAGUUGUACCAUAAAGAAAGCUGCUUUAUCAGUAAAUACUUCAACUACGGUAACUAGUUUACCUAGAGGUACAAAACGAAAACAUGCUCCAGGUAUUGUCCAUACUCCCUUGAAUGUUAAUCCUGGUUUCGUUUCAAAUCGUAUGGAUGGCUAUGAUGGUCCCCAAGCAAAACGUCGGAAAGUAGCAAAUAGAUGGUCAUCUAACACAAAUAAUGUACGCCGUAAGCCGUGGAAGCAACAUACACAGCAUCAACAACAAAAUAAUCAACAUCAUUCCUAUUACAAUAGACAAGAAUUUGGGCAACACAUACGGCCCAUAUAUAGUAAUCAGCAUCAUAACCAAAAUCGUAUAGCAGCAACGACUACACAACAUAUUGCUGAACGUAACACAAGUUUACGCCGAAAUCGUUUUCAUCAGGAUAUAGAACAGCAGCAACAACAAUUACAGCUAGAGCCACAACGCCAAUAUAUAAAACCACAAUAUAAAUCAGAAAACCAACAACAAUACCAGCCAUCAAUAACAAUGAAAAAUAAUACAAUUGAUUUACAGCAACAGCAAAAUCCUAUAGAAGUUGGAAAACAUCAUCAUCAUCAUACAACAAAUGAUAACAAUAAUAGUAACAACAAUACAGCUUCAUCAGCAAUAGAUGCAGCAUCCUUAUCAUCCUCUUCCUCCUCAUCCAAAACAAAAGCAACAACAGAUUUAUAUGUGCACUUACCACAACAACAGCCAACAACUACAAAGUCAUCAUCCUCAUCAACAUCAUCAUCAUUGUCGUCCUCGUCAUCAUCAUCAUCUCCCACCACCACCACGACUUCAUCAUCAUCAUUUUCAUCACCACCAUCAUCAGUGUUAGUCGAACAUAAUCUGUAGUAAAGUUUUAAGUAGAAAUCCAUUAUCAUAUACUGUUUUUGUGUAUGUGCAAAUUUAUUGUAAAAUAUAAUUAUUUAAAGUUAACAAUUGUGUUAUGUAAGUUAAAAUCUAAACUAACUUCCCUUUUCAAAAAAAAAAAUUGAAACAAAUUGAAAUACACGCCAUUUUUUAAAUAUUGAUUUGAGAAAGAAUAUUAGGAAACAAAAUUCCUUAAUUUGUAUGCUAAUAAA